AUGUUUCAUCGGAUUGAUAUACAACCCGAUUUUAUUACAGUAGUGAAUGAUGUGCUCAACAACAAGGUGACAGAAGAAUUGAUCUGGGUUCGAAUCGACUCUCAGUCGUACACUUUCAAGGUGAGUCAGGCAAAGAGAAGUGUGUAUCCGUGUGUUACCGAUCCUGAAGUUAGACUUACAGAGCUUUCUGCACAUCAAUUUUCUCUCAGAAUCAAAGGAGGAGAGACGAUUUUGUUGAGGGCUCCGAGAUCCUAUCUUUUGACCGAAAAUCAAAGUAAUGCUCACUUCAACUGCAUGGACAUUAAAGGUGAAGUUUUAGUGGUUGGAGAGGAUACGGGCACAAUCACUUGCUUCAAACAUCGGCAAUCUGACUUAAGAUUGACUACAAAGCUGAUGAUUCCAGGCGCUCAUUUGACAGAGGUUCUAAGAACUGCGAUUUUUCCCAGUGGAAAGGUCGCUUUAUCAAUGGGACUCGACUAUACGAUAAAGAUAUGGUCAUUGGACGAUGGAUCGAAUCCAAGAACAAUUAGGGGAGUUCAAUUGAAAAGGUUGAGUGAUGUGGUAUUGAUCGGAUCGCACGGACGUAAUUUUGUCAGCAGUAGUUUGGAUGGAACUGCGUGCAUCUGGGAGUGUGGGUCAGGCAAAUGUAUAGAGAAGUUUCAGAGGGUGAAGGACAUGAACGAUGGGGUGAUGAGUUUAGCUGUGGAGGAGUUUGAACAGACCAUGGAUGAAGAGCCUAGAAAUUCAUUGUUUUUUGAAUGCAGUGGGAAGAGAUUGUAUUGUGGACACAAUUCUGGGGUGGUUUCUGUAUGGGAUUUAGGAACAAGAAGAUUUAUAGGAGAAUUCAACUGCACCACGGAUCAGAAAUUUGGAGGAGUUUCGUCUUUGGCUAUUGACGGCGGCGUUAUAAUGGUGGGAUUCUCGAAAAGAUCUGUGGUGAAGGGAUACAGAGUGAGCUUUCUAGAAGGAGAAACGGUGAAUGCAGUUUGCAUCUGGACAGCUAAUAUUGGAGAUCAAGAGGAAGAACAGGAAAUUAAGAGAAUCAAGAAAACGGCAGUUGAUACGGUGAUUUGCCUCAGCACUGAUGAUCUUGUAGCAUUAAAUUUGAAUGAUGGACAAAUCACGGAGUACUUUGUGGGUUAUGAUAACGUUCUCAACGAUAUAACGGUAAAGGACAACCGGGUGUACGUAUGUGGUAAGGAAGGACUACUUAUGGAAUAUUAA